AUGAAGUUCCAAACUGUUCUUUCCGCUCUCCUUCCCGCCUUUGCGCUGGCCGCACCGUCCUCGGAGCCGAGACAGGCCAAGCCUCCCGCCUUUUUCCUCGCCGGCGACUCGACAACGGCGGUACAGUCCACCGGCGGCGGUGGUUGGGGUGAUGGUUUCCUCGCCUCUCUGAAGAAGCCCGCUUUCGGCACCAACUAUGGCCGCAACGGUCGCACGACGGUUGACUACGUCAGCCAGGGACACUGGGCGACGGUCAAGAAGGCGGUCCAAGACAACGCUAAGAACUUUGACGUCUAUGUCACGAUUCAGUUCGGCCACAACGACCAAAAGCCUGAGAAGAACAUUUCCCUCGACCAGUACCAAGCCAACUUGGUUAAGCUUGCCAACGAGAUCAAGGCCCUCGGCGCCACCCCUAUCCUCGUCACCCCCCUCACCCGCCGCAGCUUCACCAACGGCGUUGUGACCAACAACCUCUCCAACGAGCGCCAGCGCACCAUCGCCGCCGCCUCGCAAGCCAAGGCUACCUACAUCGACCUCAACCUCUACAGCCGCAAGUUCGUGCAGGCCAUUGGCGAGACCAAGGCUCACUCUUACAACCUCAAGGACGGUGACAACACCCACCUCAACGUCGAGGGAAGCAAGGUCUUUGGCAGACUCGUUGACGACUUGUUGAUCCAGAAGAAGCCCGCGCUUUCUUCCUGGAUCAACCCCGACAAGGCUCUUAGCGACGAGAUCUGGAAGGCUAUUAACAGCUCCUCUGUCUAA